AUGGACAACGACGACGACGACGCCGUCUCCGUCGCCAGCGCAGGCGCGUCGGAGCCGGCAGUCCCUCAGUCGGCGCCGAGUUCCAUGGACCACGUGGUGGCGAUUCCGAACGCCCAGAAGGUCCUGACGUUCCUGCACGCGGUCUUUGGUCUCUGCCAGCAAGUUCGGGACCGGCCGCGCGCCUGUCUGCACGCGCACGCGCGACUGCACCAGACGUUCCUCCGCAUCGCCCACGUCGCGAAACUCGGGUCCCUGCGCUCGAGCUUCCGCUUCCAGCACUACCUCAAGAUCCUGGACGAGUUCAAAGCCGUGUUGCAUCAGCACCUGAAGCUCUCGAACCUCGUGGCAAAAGCGACGGCGAGUCGCCAACUGCUCUCGGGCUUAGCCAAAGUGCACUCGGAGCUGAACGCACUGCUGGUGGAGAACGCACUGACGAGUGCGACGAGCCCGUUGCUCGAGUGGAAACACCAGUUUGCGGCCAAUCGGCGACAGGAUGAAGCGGUACUGCACGAGACGCUCGUGGCGUUGCUCUCGACGGCGGCGUUUGUGCGCAAGGAACUGCCCAGUGACCGACAUCAGGCGCUCGUGCUGCUGGAGCUGCUGGCAGAAGUGGCACCACAUGAGUCGCCACGAGGACACUCGUCGCAGCUGCUGGAGACGCUCAAGAUGGCGCAUCGACGGAUUUCCACGCUGUGCGACUUGUCGCUCACUCGCGUACCCAAGUGGUUCGUACCAGGCUACGAAGUGAACUUUUCAAGGACCGACCACACUAUCGGGUACGCAAGAGGAUCCUUUGGCUCGACGCUUCAGCGCGGUGAGGCGUUUCGCUACACUUAUAGCAGUGAACGAGCUCUAUCGAGUGCGACCUCCACGGUGGCGGUCAAGUGUCUAUGGGCACUGCCCGACGUCCACUAUCAGUAUUUGGAACAGCUUUUUGAACGCGGUGGAGUGUCAAAGUGGACUCGAGUGCGGCAUCCGAAUGUAGUGACGAUCCGAGGAGCUUCCCAUGCUGUGACGCCGCCAUACUUGGUGCGAGACUUCACCACUUAUGGUGGACUCACGACAUACCUUGAGGCGUUGGGAAUGCGGGCAAAGGAAUGUGCGGGGUCUGAGAGCUGCGGGAAACUGGAGACACUGACAUGGCAAUUACUCUAUGGGGCCAGUCGUGGAUUGCUGCACCUUCAUGAGCAACACAAUAUCGUUCACGGUGGAUUGCGCUGCAACAACAUUCUCGUUGAUAAGAAAGGCCGGGCUGUAAUUGCCGACUACGGGCUGUACACGCUGGCGUGCGACGCUCGGGACUCGGGACUCAUAGAGCAUUUUCAAUUGGACGUUUUAGAUACGGACGUGGGAGAGCUUAUUCGAUGGCAAGCGCCGGAGUGUCUGGGAGAGCACAUGGCAUAUCGAGAGUCACUUCGAUCCCUUUCGAACACAGGGUCGGCACUCGUAUCGUCAAGCAGUGUUAGUGCGUCUGCUACUGCAUUCGCCACGGAUGUGUUUGCUUUCGGAAUGUGCAUUCUGGAAGCUUUGACUCAUGCAGUGCCUUGGGCGGGGAUCGACAUUGCGAAGGUUCGCACACUGAAAGAGAAUAAGAGUCCGCUCCCACCUCGACCAAGGCAAAUUUCAUCUCAGGCGUGGAGUCUGAUUGAGAAGAUGUGCGCAGCCGAUCCAUUGAAACGCAUAUCCUUGAGUGAAGCGUCGCAAGAGCUCAAGCGACUUGGAUAUGGAAACCGCGUGUCAAACCAUUCACACAGUAACAGCUCGAAGCGUUUGGCAAUAUCUGAGGCCAGUGCAAGCGCAAAAGUGGACCAUGUGUUGAACUCGCUGGAUGAAGUCUCGCGAGAACUCAUACAUCUCAGCAGCAGUACGAAGGACUUGAGGUCGCUCGAAACAGACGCAAUUGCCGAAGUUGAGCAUGUCUUUACGUCAUUGGAAGAAGCCUCGGAAGAGCUUCAGAACAUACAGAUUCGUGCUAGCAACGGGCUGGCUACAGAUAUGGGGGAGCUGGAAGACGAAGCAUCACAGAAAUUAGUCCGUGUGCUAAGUCGAUUGAAUAUUGCGUCUCAAGAGCUAAAGCGACUGGGUAUGGGCGACAAAGCGACGAGUGGGUCGCAGAACAGUGCUCUGCAUCUGGUACAAGAAGCACGCGAGAAUUUGGUCCGACUAGCUAGUGACAAAGCCAGCAGCAUCGUUGCGCAACAACGAGAAAUCUUGUUCUCGAAUUCGGAUCAGGGUCAAAUGGCUGACGAUGGGUCAGUAGUGUACUCUGCAGCAACACGUCGAAGGCUGCCACUUCUUCCAGUCAACAUUGUGGACGAGACAGUCGCUAUCGAGUCGGACGAACAGCUUGACCAUCACCUUGGCGACAUUGUGGCUUCUCGCGAUUGUUUAGCGGUAGAUGGGACAGGGCCUCCAUACAAGGGCUCCGUUCCUGCGUGCGGACGGUAUUCUUCCAAUAUACCUGAUGCGAGAAGUGGAAUGGAUGAAGGAAGUUUACUGGAACCGGCUGCAAAGGAAAGUGCAAACGCCUGGGAUUCGCCCCAAGAAUGGGGGAUAAAUGUCGCUCGUUCUCACGAUAUAGUGCGCUCUCGGCGUGAAGCACAAUUGGAUAAGCAGAAUGACGUUGGUGGUCGAAACGGUCACGAAUUGACUGCUAAGGAUGAUCGCACUGAGAUGACAUCUGUUACCGAUGUCGACAACUACCAGCUCGCGCAUGAACAACCCGAGCAAGAAAUGGAUAACGAUAUUGAACGCGUAAAAAUUAUGGUUGUCGAUGACGAUUGCCCAGGAUUGUUGAGUUGCGACGAGGGAGAUGAAGUGUCAGAGGGUCUGACUAGUGGUGAAAGCUCGAUGGAUGAAGAAAUGCUUAUGAUAGUUCCUGCCGAGUUUCAGACUGCUCGCAGUUUUGAUGAGGGCGAUCUCGCGUCACCAUUACACCCAGUAGUUGGUCUUCUUGAAAGUCUCAGGAUGGAGCAGCCAGACAACGACCGUUUUGUUGAAACGCUGGAGGCGAUGAAGGAGGCCCUAGAGGUGUCAACUGCACGGAUUAUUGUGGAGCGCGAGGGUUUGCUCACCUUGAUGGAACUUGUGUGGAGAGAUUACUCUGAAGCUUGCACAAGGCACGCGUUGGAGUUGUUGCAGUCAAUUGCUGGCCUUGGUCCCGAAUUUGUGACAACUUUGGUGGAGUCAAAAGUCGUGAAGAUCUUGCUUGCCGUUGUCAAACACCGAUCGUCCCCUCAGCAAGUCGACUUGGCUGCAUCGUUACUUCUUGACAUAAUUGCCGAGGACGAUGAUGCAAAGAGGCAGUUAUGGACGUAUCGCGGUGUCGGAGUGAUGGAAGACGCAUGUGUAAUCAACAAACGACUCGUUCAAGAAGUGAAGUCUACGAUGGCUAAGUUUAAGCGAAACGAAGGCAUGAGGUGUCUUGAGGACGGCGAAUUCCACUUGGCGAUCGAUAAGUUUACUGAAGCGAUCUCUUUGGAUCGCAAGCGUGCGAUAUACUAUGGCGACCGAAGUUUGGCGUAUAUGGAGGCAUCGAUGUUCAAGAAAGCAGCGGACGACGCUUACCGCUGCAAGCGCUACAAUCCGUACGAUGUGAUGGGAUACCUACGACAUGGUUUGGCGCUUAGGGCCAUGGGAAAGUAUAAAGAGGCGAUGGAAACGCUUCGGAAGGGGACAGAGGUUGAUCCUAAGUUUGUCAAAAUAUUUGACGCACUCACUGAGACCAAGCAGCUGUACAAAGCUCGGACGAAGGGGGUAACCGACGGCAUUACGUUACGCCGCAUGACAGCCGCGGAAUCAGCAAAACUGAAGAAGAGAGAUGGCGAUGAUGCUCUUCGGAAGAAGGAUUAUGCGUUUGCAAUUGAGUGCUACUCUGAAGCGCUCGAGCUUGAUCCAAAAAACGACUGGGUGUAUUUGCAUCGAAGCAUUGCCUAUGCUGCUCAAAAGGAUCACGUCAAGGCGGCCGAAGAUGCGUCUAAGUGCAUCCGGCUUAAUUACCAUCAGGUCGAAGGAUACUACCGUCUCGCACUGGCUUUACACGCAGCCGGUCAGCAUGAUCAGGCGUUGAGUACACUUUAUCGUGGUCAGGAGGUGAAUGCGCAGCACGUGGGCAUCUCUCGCUUUAUUGUUCAACUUGAAGGAGAGGAGGCGAAAAAAGCGGGGCUAUCUUUGCCUGUGUGGUUCAAGGAAAAGGGAUUCCGAGCGUUUCAGCUGCGCUCGUACGAGGAUGCUAUCAAGUUCUACACCAAGGCGAUAGAUGCUUCGUUAUCCGACGACGAUGAGGUUGUCAUGCACUGCUACUCGUACCGAUCCCGUGCUAGCCAGACGCGGGGUGAUUUUCCAGCUGUUGUUGCUGAUUGCACGUACGUGCUGGAUCGUUUUCCGGAGAACGUUUUUGCUCGACUUCGACGGGCAGAUGCGUACGAGCAACAGCGUGACUUUCUUAUGGCUCUCAAGGAUAUUCGCGAGCUGAUAGCGAUAAACCCGGAUUAUGAAGAUGCUCACGCUCGACUUCAAUCCCUUAAGCAUAAAUGCCGACUUUUGCCUGGUGCAUCCCAACACACGAGUGUUGGAAUUGGUUUGUGA